AUGGAUGUCAAUGGAGGUUUCGAAUUUCUUGUUAACUCCCUCAUUUGGUGUUACGAUAUGCGUUUACCACUACAGACUGUACGACACGCUGAUCACACCAAUAAAGCAAAAAAGUACACACACGAAUGGAUCAAUGAAGCUGCUUGGCGUCGGAAAUUCUUUUCAACUUCAGUACCUAACACCAUCUCAAUGAGUUUUGGACAAAAUUUAUUCUUGCUGUGUACACAUUCAACCAUAUUCAUAUCCCCGGUAACUCCGCAAGAAAUCAAAACAUUAAUGACCAAUAGCAGCAAUAAACAUUCAUCUGGUUUUGAUGAUUUGUCGUUAGACACAUUGGGAACAGUAAAGAGCCUUAUUGUUGAUCAUCUUGCUUUCUUGUUUACUAAGUCCAUAGAACUUGGAUGUUAUCCAGAUGUAAUUAAACUGGCCAUAGUGGUACCAAUGUUGAAAAAAGAAGACAGUAAGAAACCUGAAAACUACCGCCAGAUCUCGCAAAUCGGUAGUAUAGCAAAAUACCUUGGAAAGUUAUGCGGAAGCGACAAAACAAAACACUGCGACAGUGACGAAAGGGUUCGCUCGACUGACAUGUUACAACUUGUACGCGCCAAUGGCAAGAUAAAGAAACACUGUUUAUUGCGUGCUUGGGUAGAAAAUGGGCACUGGGAAGCUAUAUGUCCUUGUCUAUUGCAUUUGAAACACUUUUGGCUGUCUAAUGAUAGAAAAAUGCGGUACAACGUAACAUUUCUAUUACUACUCAAAAAUAAGAAAAAAGAAGUAACAGAAAUAGUGUCAUGGAUUCGACACCGCGACCUCCACCUGCUGACAGUAGGCAGGUUUACCUACACGUCCGACCAGAGAUUUGUCAGCAUUCAUAACCCGAUGACGGAAGACUGGACGCUGCAGAUUCGGUACCCGCAGCGUCGAGAUAGCGGCGUAUACGAAUGCCAAGUCGGCAUUACGCCACCUAUCGGCAAUACCAUGACAUUAUCGGUUGUUGGUUUAAAGAUGGGAGGCACUAACUUGCGCCUUGGUGUGGUUUGUUUUGAGGGUAUUCUAUUGGCAGUACUCCCACAGUAUGAACACCAAGCUUUAAUUAACAUUCAACUUCUUCCAGACAUUUUUCGUGAGCCUUCAUCGUUGGAUCAUCAGCGUGUAGUAGUAGUACCUGCUGAAUACUGGCAAAACUUCUAUAGAAGAGUCGGAGUUCAUAGAGAGUUGAACAGCGUCAACGUGACUGCUGCAGAAACUCCAGCGGCGACGUUUUGUUUAAUUACAACUCGUAUCAACGUAGUGGUAAUUGAACCACGGAUUCAUCUAAGGUUCAUAAUUUUGAACUCUGCUUUCGGAGAACCAGUAACGACACUACUGGGUGGACCAGAAAUGUAUAUUAAUAAGGGUAGCACCAUGAAUCUCACCUGCAUCGUAAAACACAGUCCUGAACCACCCCCUUCAAUUUACUGGACGCACAAUGGCCAGGCAUUUUCAUGCAGUCUUUCUCAUUAUAAGUGCAUUCUUGUGUCUAAAACUGGCAAGGGUAGUUGCGGAACAGAAAAGUGUCUAGUUGCACUUCAACGUUAUUUGAGAAAGGUAGUAAACGUACCCGGUCCUGAAGUGACACUACAAAGUACUACCACAGACGAAAGCCUGUCAAAAAUUAAAGAAAAACCAACAGAGAAUAUAUGGAAAAAAUGUGCUGAAGAAUUUGAAAAUAGAUGGGGAUUUCCCAAUUUCAUUGGCAGCGUGGACGGUAAACAUGUAACAAUCAAGAGACCUAACAACAGUGGCUCCAAUUACUGGUGCUAUUUACAUAAAUAUUCAAUAGUACUUAUGGCCAUUGUUGGCCCGGACUAUAAAUUUAUAUGCGUUGAUAUUGGUGGUUUCGGAAAAAAUAGUGAUGGGGGUAUUUUCGAAACCUCAAACAUGGGAAAACGAUUUGAACAAAAUUUAAUGAGUGUCCCUGCACCUAGAUUUCUCCCUGGGCAAAAUGAAAUCUGCUCGUACGUCUUAAUUGGUGAUGAAGCAUUUGCUUUAAAACCAUACCUUAUGAGACCAUUUCCUUAUAAGCAGACUUUAACAGACGUCAGAAAAGAGAAAUACAAUCAGUUGGACGUCUUAAUCGCGGCUGACCAGAGAUGGAUCACAAGUGCCGGUCCUGGCUUCCUGGCUGACCUGACUACGGAAACUAUGUCGAAGAAGUCUAGUACCAAAACGGAAGAUAGUAGCAUCUCACAUAGUAUACGACUGGUAGCACAGCGCGACUGUGAAUACGGUGGGAUCCAUCGGUUUUACCGAUGGAUGGUAACGCCACACCAGCAGUGGCGUAUUGUACACAUUGGUGCUAUGCUACUUUCGUUUAGGAGUGUUGAAUCGAUCAGAGUGAACGUGGUGUAUCGCAAAGAAUAUAGUCGUGCAAGUAGCAUUACUUCUGCUAAAAGGGAGCGAGAUGAGGAACUCAGCACCUAG